GGAGUUAUUGUGACAGGGUAGGAACUAAAGUGUUGAUAGGUGUUUCCUACAAUCUUUGGCUACAUUGAAUGUUUUCUCUUAGUUACUUCAUGUAGCUAACAUAUUCUUGCUUUGCGUUUACCUCUAAUUUAGAAGAUACUGUUGCACAAACAUGCUGAUUUAGGUCUACACCAUCACUGGUAUUAUCAGGCUGUAUAGCUAAUUACGCUUGCUCUUACUCAGUACAUUUAUUAGCUAGCUAGCGAUUAGCGUAAGCGGCUAACAAGAUUUAGGAACGUCUUGCUAAGAACAGACACACUAGUGGUUUGCAGAUGUAAGAAACACAAGCUAAUAGUGUAAUUAUAGAAUGCUAGUAGAUUUAUAUGAAGAAGCAAAGUGUCAACUGCAUCGUUGUCAUCAACAUUGUUGCAUAUGCUGCAUUGACCAUGCAGAUUGGACGCAAGUGUUGUGGUCGAGGAAAAACAAAAGCGCUCCUUGAGUGACAGGAGAUGGGGCUAGGUCUGUGUGGAAAGUGGCAUGGAGAGAGAGAGAAACUAUAAAAGUGGACGUUACACACUGCGUAUCACAUUUAACAAACCAAACUUUCAAAUACCGUUAUAGAAGGUAAAGUAAAAACCCAAACCAGUCCAUGCAUCAAUACUGGUAUACCUCCCAGCUCUAGUGGAGUUGACAUUUUCACACGUUACUGUAGAUGCCCCAAAUGUUAAUCCAUAUUUCAGUGCCAACAGCACAGUCGACAUCGACUAUUUCCUUCGCUAAAUCGUAAUGACAUAUCCCCCAGCACAGCACAUUUACACUUCCUCUUGCUUCCAUCAUCAUGCUUACCCACUUUGCUUUCAACUCCAUAUUCCUACAGAGUUUUACUCAUGAGUCUCCGUCGUUUCCUUGGAUCUGGUGUGCUCGUGCCUUACUGGCAUGCCUCACUGAGCUUUUCGAAUCCAGCACCACAUUGCACUUUUUCAACACACCCAUAUGAACUGCGGAAAAGUUUGACACCGGUGUGCAGAUCCGUAGCUUCUGACUGCAGUAACUUGUUAGAAGGGUCGAGGAGCAAUAAACUUAAAGCUUGGCUUACAUCUGUGCCAUAUGCGCGAAUAGAUUUGAUUUCACUGAGCAUCUCUGUGAUGUUCACUUAAUAUCAGAAUGACUGACACCGUGGAAAGAUGGCCAGUCCAUCUCUGAUCAAUAAUUAUUUUCAGUUUUUCCCCAGUGUACUGUGCAGCCACUGUGGGUUUCCUGAAGAAAGUGUACAGGGAGCAACACACGUUGAAAAUGUUCUAGGUUCCUCCACCUCUGCUAGCAGGUUGCUCAGUGAGCUUGGCAUUGGUCUCGACAUGAUGGUCCUCAGUUCUUUUCUAAUUAUAUGCCUGGCCCCUCCACCCCAUAGAGUAGGCCCUGGUUUCAUCCCACCCGGAGCCACAUAUUGGCUAUGGCUCUGAUCCCAACCCCAAAAUUACUGAGGUCGUCUGUUUUUUUUUUUUAAAGGACCUUACUACUGAAUAGUGUCUGUUCCGGGUGUGUAGGUGUCAAAAUAAGAAUAGUGGAAGAGAUGGAGACCUGCACAAUGUCAAAAAAUACAUCCAAAACUGAGUCUUGAGUGCAAAAUAAAUAUCUUUACUAAAACAUCAGGGUGCCCCAAAAAAUCUUUGUUUUGUUUUCAACUUACGCACUAACAUUUCGGCCUCAGUGUAAAUCUUGGCAUCACAUGAGGCUACUGAGGGGAAGAUGGCUCAUAAUAAUGGCCGUAAUGAAGGCGAAUGGAAUAGCAUUGAUGUAUUUGAUACCAUUCCACUUAUUUCUGCUCCAGCCAUUACCACGAGCCCGUCCUCCCCAAUUAAGGUGCCACCAACCUUCUGUGGUCGGCACAAACACCUGGCUUCUAUUUCAAGGAUAAUUGCACAUGUCACAUGAUCAAGCAAGAAAACACAUCAGAAAACCGAUGAAUCAGUACCUAGUACAAUAGAAUGCAUGAUCUAGAUUAUAUACAAAAUCGGACAGAGAAAUAUAAUCAAUUAUUGCUUUUAAACAUACCAUGUGAACAUUUCCUCAAUGAUCCCAACCCUAAUUAGGAGACCUCUCAAUCAUCAUUCUCACGCUUGUACAUUGGUAAUUGUCAAUGAAAAAUAUCAAAGCUAAGGAUGGCUGGGCUUGGUUAAAAUCCUGGAUGGGAGACCAAAUGGAUAGUUGUAGGUAAAUCAACUCUCCAGUAGGAGGUGCUGUCCAGUUCUCUUUUUUCUGAUGGUGGAUAUAACAUUGCAGAUCUGACAUUGUUUCAAAGGUACAAAUUCAACAUAGCCAAACCUUGUGUAAAAUAUGUUGAAAAUUGGUUACCAUGAUGACAUAAUUCUAUGUUGAAAUUUCACCCUUAAAAAACAGUUUACGUUGAUGACUUUUUACAAAUCCAAUGUAUUUUCCAUGUAGAUUCCACGUCACAAUAUGUUGACAAAUUACAUUGAAACAACGUUGAUUCAACCAGUUUGUGCCCAGUCGGAAGAGCGAACCAUGUUUUCUAUUGGCCUUUUAUGUAUAAAAAUAUAUGUGAACAUGUGUGAACAUAAUUUAUAUGUGAACAUAAUUUAGUCACUCACCAAGGUCUAUGCCCUUGUUUAUUCUAUUUGAGGGGAAUUGACAAUGGCCACACUCUAGUCAGUUGAGGUGAAGGCUAAAAUGGCUAAUAUAAUGCCAUUAAGUUAAAGACACCUUGGUGUGUUACAGUUGCUGCAGUAUAGGGCUCCAUUGAGAGAUGGGCUAAAAACACAUGACCUCAUCGGACUUAGAGCUCGAGCUCUGCAUGGGUAGUUCCCGCCAAUCCUGCAUGUAUGGCACGUCCAUGCGGCUGCCCUCUUCUCGUGCACGGUCACAUGUUUACCCAGCCGCCUCUCCAACCACCAGUGUAGCAAGUGAUUUACCUGUCUAGCUGUUAUCAUCAGUAUGACCUUCUGGGAGAAAUGUCAGCCGUGAUUUAUGGGAUACAUGCAGCCAUGUGUUGCACAUACAAUUAGUCUCCUUUUUGUGGCAGGCAGAGUUUACCGUUGCUCAUCAAAAUUCAUUGAACCUGCAAGAACACUGUAGUGAAUGUUUUUCCUUACAGUGACAUUAUUAAAUGGUUACAUAAAUCACCAGCACUAAUUCCAUUGGUUUUCAUCACCAAAAUCAAGGCUUCUUUGUAUAGUGUGUACCCAUGAGAUGUGCCAGAACGGUGACUACUUUCAAGCAUAAUCUUACAUAAUGUGAUGAUGACAACGAGCAUCUUGAAGGUAUGACGAUGAGGCUCAUGAAAAAGAAGCAAUGCGGCUGGAAAAAACAUUUUCAAUGCUUUGGCUAUGAAUUGUGAAUGUUUAUAACUACAAAUCCAUAUCACAAGGGGACAAACAAAUUAACCCCCGGUUUUCUUUUCAAAUAUUAUUCAGACAGUACAGCAUUAGGACAUCAUCUACCAACCCAUAAUUUUUUCAUAUAGAAGGCUCACUUUUUAAUCAUAAUAACAUAGCAUUCUCAGCCUGCUUGAGGCUAUGAGCCAUACCCGUCCAGAUCCUGUGAAUCCACUGGCUGAAAUAGCGCUCUGAGGUGCCUGCUUUUAACCGUAAUGGGUUUUCUGAAAGCCCACAGAACACUUUGAGAUUCACUCUCUGUCUCUCUCGCUCUCUCUACCAUCUUAAAACCUCAAGCAUCAAGACACACUCCACUACUGUUUCAUUGUCAUACUCCUGGGACUGAUAGACUGAAGCCCAAACUGCCCAGGAUAUCAAGCCCAGUUCCAUAUGGUAUUCUUACAAGGUUAUUCACCUAUUCCUGACAUGCAUACGUGGCAGCCCAGACCAAUCUGUUCCCCCAAAAGAAGGUCCAGCCAGGCAUGAUGAGUUCCAGCCUGGUGCAGGCCAGUGUGGCCACCAUGCAGAACCCCAUGGGCUGCACUGUUCCCCGACUCUCUCCGUCAAGGCCCGCCAGCAUGGUGGCCAGCAUGGAGGCGGUGGGUGAGGACGGCUCGCCCCUGUUUACCGUCAUGAAGUGGAAGACUGUGGUGGCGGUGUUUGUGGUUGUGGUGGCCUAUCUGGUCGGGGGAGGUCUGGUGUUCCGGGCCCUGGAGCAGCCCUUCGAGAGCAACCAGAAGGUGACCAUCACUGCGGAGAAGGCAGCGUUCCUGCAGAAACACCCCUGUGUCUCACCGACGGAGCUGGAGGCGCUCAUCAAGCACUCUGUAGAUGCUGUGAAUGCUGGGGUCAGCCCGAUAGGAGACACAUCCUAUAACUCCAGUCACUGGGACCUGGGCAGUGCCUUCUUCUUCGCCGGAACAGUCAUCACAACCAUAGGGUACGGUAACAUUGCCCCAAGCACGGAGGGCGGGAAGAUUUUCUGUAUCCUGUAUGCAAUAUUCGGCAUCCCUCUGUUUGGGUUUCUGCUAGCCGGUGUAGGGGACCAGCUAGGCACCAUUUUUGUGAAAAGCAUCGCGAAGGUGGAGAAAAUGUUCAGACGCAAACAGAACCAAAUCAGCCAGACAAAGAUCCGAGUGGCCUCCACGUUACUCUUCAUCCUGGCGGGCUGCAUCCUCUUCGUCACCAUCCCUGCAGUCGUCUUCAAACACAUAGAAGGCUGGACAGGACUGGAGGCCAUUUACUUUGUUGUCAUCACUCUGACAACUAUUGGAAUAGGAGACUAUGUGGCAGGAGGGGACCGGAGGGUGGAGUAUCGUAAUUGGUAUAGACCACUGGUGUGGUUCUGGAUCCUGGUGGGUUUGGCUUAUUUCGCUGCUGUGCUGAGUAUGAUCGGUGACUGGCUGAGGGUUCUGUCCAAGAAGACAAAAGAGGAGGUCGGUGAGAUCAAGGCCCACGCGGCUGAGUGGAAGGCCAACGUGCGCGCCGAGUUCCGGGAGACGCGGCGCCGCCUGAGCGUGGAGGUCAGCGACAAGCUCCAGCGGGCCGCCACCAUCCGUAGCAUGGAGCGCCGUCAGCUGGGCCUGGACCAGCGGGCCGUCUCCAUGGACAUGCUCUCCCCGGAACGCCGUGCCGUCUUCAACAGCCUGGACACCAACCCCUACAAGACCUCGUCCCAGGAGAGCAUUGAUACCAAGAUCAACAACCUGCGUCUAAGAGGGGCUGAGUGUGAUCCACACCGGUCUGACAAUGUGGCCGCCUCGGAGGACAACAUCUUUAAUCGCUUGGGCUCUGUCACCAAGCUGGCCAGGAGGAGCAAGAACCGCGAGCUGAAGAAAAACAUCCCAGAUGAACUACGAUGCAGGCCCUAUAGUACUCCGCCCAUGGAGAUAGGGGAGAGGAAGGAGGAAGAGGAGCAAGAUGAGGGAUUAGACAAAGAGUUCAACACCAGCCUGUCCAAUCUGCCGCUGUUCGUGGAAGUGUGCAAGCCCCAGAACGGUUUUACAGUACCAUUCAUACCACUACAGACCAAAGAUAAUGAAACUGAGGAGGAGACAUUUCAACUUGAAGAAAAGGAGCUGCAAAUCCAGAUGGAUCCUUAAGACUGUUGGCUGUUUCUCCUGAGAAUAUUACGUUUUAAACAUCACUACCGUAUGUGCCUUACAUCUCUCACUCCUUUGUGUGCUUGAUAUUGGGGGAACAGUUGUCCCUGUGUGCUAUGUAAUGUUAUUCAAUAUUCACUGUGCCGUAAUAACCUGAAGUUAAGACAUGGGCAUCAUCAGUUUCUACAAUCACGUGGUAAAAUAUUGAGAUUUGGUGUUCUUGUGGUACAGAACAACCAAAAUGAUGGUCAUGUUUAUUUUGAGGGAAGAGAAAAUGGCUGCUAAUCAGAAGAGUCAAUGAUAAAGUAAAUAAAAUGCAGUAGCAGACUGCUAUGAUGUCUCUUUGGGGAGGGUCGGACCUAUAUGCACAUAGUGUUUAGGACUAUCAAAGUCUACUAUCUGAGGUCAUUUUAGGACCAAAGAACUGAGCUGCUGAGAGAAGAACAAACAUUGUGAAAGACUGGAGAGUAACUCCGAUUUGGUCAUUUGGUCUCAUUCCAUCACAAUACAUAAACUCUAUGAAAAAUUUAUUUAAAAAAGGAAUAAACACAGCCACAUUGUGUGUGCAUGUUACAUGAGCUAAGCUGUUUAAUGUCUAAGUGUAUGACUACGCUACCAACUUCAUGAACUUUCUUUAAAACUUGAAUCUCAGGGCUUGUGGUCCUAAUGUUGUCGUUGAAAUGUGACUAAAGGAUGCUGCAUUCACACUUUGUAAAAGAGGAGCUUUGGCUGCACUUAGAAUGGCUUUCAGAAGAUGACAGUUUAUGACAAUGGAGUGGAAGAUUAGCCACAAUGCAAGGAAGGAGAAAAUGCCCCUAAUUGCACAGACAGACAGGAUACUGUCAAAUUUGAGAAUUUGGGACACAGAGGUUCUUUGGCGGUAACAUGUAUGAUAAAAAAAAUCCAAGGAUUUGCUUGAAUACAGUGUGUUACUCUGAGAUGACAUCUUUGUUAUACACAGUGUACCAUGUUACAUUGAUGUGUUCUAUAAAGAACAUUGUGUUCUGACAGAUGAGGGAUAAUGACACUGAAAACAUGCACGAAUCAACUUUGCAUUUCAAUUGUGGUUUACUAAUAGUAUUAUAAUAAUCUAAUUACAAACCCUUUAAGAUGCAUGGGUUAAAUAACAUUACCUCUAUGUAUAUCUCGCUCAAUUUCUCACCCGCGCGCACGUGCACACUUCACACACGCAUAUACACACCUAAAUUUUUAUUCCUUGUGUUUGCAUUGAUAUGGGUGCAGAAUUAGCAUGGUGUGAAUGCAGCAAAGGACUCUCAAUGCUAUAACGCUACAAAGAAAUACGUAUUAAAAAAGACAUGGAACACAAAAGCAUGCUAUUUUGCAAAAAUAUUAAUGCUAUAUGGAAGUGAUUGUAUACCACCACUUGCUUCAGAAGAGGACGGUUAACAUAGCAUUUGUAACUGCCCAUGUUGAUCUAGCAUGGGCUACACCUGCUCACUAUUUGGACGUUGUUCACAGUAUUACUUGUGCCACCAUUACAUUAAAUGUAGUGAGUGCCUUUUGGAAAUAAAUAUCACUGAAUGAAGUGCUA